UGGAAAACUUGAUGGCUAUAUCCUCAGAUUCAGAGCCCGUAUAUAGGCGAAGGCUAAUGCGGAUACAAAUUUCGGUUCUCCCUAAAGACUGAGCGUACCUACGCUAAUAUAUUUCACAUAUUCUACUUCUCUCAUCUCGUAAACCCGGUCGGUAGAAUGGCUACGACUACCGCGGCACCUGAAACUCCUAUUUCAGAUCCCUUGGCUUCCUUGGACAUAGGCUGUAGACAACCCAAACAUGCAGCUGGGUGCAUACUUACUACUGCAAAUGAGGUAUCCAGCAUUCCGGUAUCCAUUAUACGGGUCUGCCAACUUGGUGGACCUUCUCCUGGGAAGCCUGGUAAGUGGGCUAACCAGGGUUGGCUCUCUGCUCUGAUACGCACGGCGAGGACUAUUAAAUGCAUUCCCAAACAUGUCACAGCAGUCAACUGGGUUCCUGUCGAUAUCGCUGCUGAUAUGAUACGAGACCUCAUGACCCACACAGUUCAACAGGAGGCGCAGUUUUACCAUAUGUCAUCCUAGACCAUAACGGCUGAAAGCUACUUGUCGACAUCCUGCGUAAGCUUCUCGGUGUCGCGGAUACAGUGCCCCUAAAUAAACGGACUAAGAAGCUUGGGGACAUUGGGGACCCAAGCGCUGAAGAUAUUGUUGAAAUGCCUGCGCUGACUUUCUCAAGGAACUGGGUGAUGGGACGGAAUCUGCAACAUAUGCAACAGACUGGGCUAUAAGGCAUUCGCAAACCAGCAUACCCACCCUGGACAGAGAAAUGCUACGAAACUGGGUCAGUAGUUGGAACCUAUGAGACGUUUCCGUUGCGUAGCUAGGCGCAAUAGCUGAAAGGUCUUUAAGGGGAAGUUAUAAUUAACUAUUAAUAUCGAAAAAAUCCAAGAGUUGAAUGAGCAGCUCAACGCGUCUUCUUUUUAACUGGAUAUUUAAUAAUAUUGUUAAGAAGGGAUAGCUUAAUGAGCAACUACUCGCUACUUGCAUCCUACAAAGCUGCAUUAACAAUCACCCCUUUGGCGAAUCUCUUCCAUCAUAUCUAUUUCAAGCAUAGGAAUAAGACCGGCAAAAAAGUACUA